UUGAAGUGCCGACUGGCUCUUGGUUGAUUUGGUGCCGUUGGUUGAUUCGUACUAUGUUCAUAGAAAAUAAGAUUCUAUCAAACCAGAAGGAUAAGUCUUAGAAUCCAGGGGACAGUUUGGGACUAUGUUCUUGGCAGUAAAGUGUUAUCUAUCAUCUUCUCUUUCCUGGGGGCAAUUUGGUUCUGCUGUCUCAGGAAGACUUGGGACUGGGUGGUAUAACUCGUGUGGAGUGCAACUGCUGUUAUGUAUGGAGGCAGACAGCAGUUUGCUAUAGAACCAACAGUUAAAGAAAGGAAGCCUGGAGAAGCCUCUCCUGUGAGUCCAGCAGGCAUCAAAGAGAGACGGCUUUUCCUCAUGUGGGUUGUAAUUGUUUAUUGCAAGCUCAUGUUUGUGAGCAGGGUGGUAGUGUCUGUGGGAGUCUCGUGCAUGUAAAUUGUGGAUGUGCCAUCACCGAGUAGUUAUGAAUCUUCUUUGGCCUCUUUCGCUGGUCCUUGAUCAACUUUUCUACAACUUGUCCAUUUAGGAUUUCCACAUCAUGUAGGUGGUAUAAUUAUGGGGGAUUGUAUAAGGUAUGACCACACACUUCUAAGUCUUAAAGGCUUCCACUUUGGGAUCCUGCUAGAGAUUUAUUUGUGUCCAUAGUUGUUGUACCCAGCAUCCAAGUGGGUAACAAGCUUUCUUAUAGCUUCUCAAACUGGUGGGUGGAUGUUUUCUGGUUCACUGUGUGUGGAAAGGGGCAGCACUGCUGGCUUUGUGCAGACAUUUCAGUUACAGCUUCCCAGCUCACACAUAACCAUGUCCUUUGUCCCUGUUUGGGGAUGGGAAGCCCAGCAUCUCUCUGCCAGGGUCUGGCACUUCUUUACCACUCUGACUUCUAGUUCCCUCUUCAUUUACAACCUCUAGCAAUGACCUUCCUUUCCUAGAUCUUGGCUACAUUGUCUCCUUGUUAACAUUAUCCAGAAGACUUGUGUCAUCCACGGGCAGUCUAUUUUUAUCUCAGUCCAUUUUUUUUUUUUUAGGGACAUAACCUUUUAUUGUCAUCCAGCACCUGUGACUGUUUUAUGUCUCUCUAAAGGAGACAGGGAAUUGGAGCAUUGUGAGUUGUUGUUGUUGUUUUUUUUUUUUUGAGACGGAGUUUCGCUCCUGUUACCCAGGCUGGAGUGCAAUGGCGCGAUCUCGGCUCACUGCAACCUCCGCCUCCUGGGUUCAGGCAAUUCUCCUGCCUCAGCCUCCUGAGUAGCUGGGAUUACAGGCACACGCCACCAUGCCCAGCUAAUUUUUUUUGUAUUUUUAGUAGAGACGGGGUUUCACCAUGUUGACCAGGAUGGUCUUGAUCUCUUGACCUCGUGAUCCACCCGCCUCGGCCUCCCAAAGUGCUGGGAUUACAGGUUUGAGCCCGGCCUGUGGGUCGUUUUAAGGGAAAAGAGGAGUAGGUAGGCAUAUUCGGGUGCUGCUAAAACAACCAAGCUCAUUCCUGACAUGCUCCUUUCCACAGUCUGCUUUAUUGUCCCCUUUAAAAAUCUGGAACAGUAUGUAGCAAAACAAAUAAAUUACUUUGCAUUUCUAAAAGUCCUUCCCUGAUGCAGCAAUGCCAGGUGUUGCUUUGUGUUGUGUUAGCAACCCACUUGUAAGUCCUUCUUAACCCCCUUAGCUGAAGAUCCCAUAGCCAGACCUUGCGUUGAUGUAGGAGCUUUUAUGUAGAGAAUUGUAUCUCCAUAUAUCUGUACCCCCUAAAAGAUAUUGAAGUCCCAACCUCCCAUACCUCAAAAUGUGACCUCAUUUGGAAAUGAGGCCAUUGCCAAGGUCAUCAGUUAAGAUGAGGCAACUGGAGUAGGGUGGACCCCAAUCCACUUUGAUCGGCGUCCCUUAUAAGAAGUCAACCGUGUGGCUCAUGCCUGUAAUCCUAGCACUUUGGGAGGCUGAGGCAGGUGGAUCACCUAAGGACAAGAGUUUGAGACCAGCCUGGCCAACGUGGUGAAAUCCAGCCAGGUGUGGUGGUGAGUGCUUGUAGUCCCAGCUACUUGGGAGACUGAGGCAUGAGAAUUGCCUGAAAUCAAGAGGCGGAGGUUGCAAUGAGCCGAGAUGGCACCACUGUACUCCAGCCUGGGUGACAGAGCGAGACUGUUCAAAAAAAAGUAGUCAACCAUGGAAGACAGACACAGAGACGAUGGCAUCUGUGGAAGCAGAGACUGAGUGGUAUAGCUGCAAGCCAAAGAAUGCCAAAGAUAGCCAGCAAACCACCAGCAGCUAAACAGGAAGGGAGGGCUCCCCUCCAGGUUCGGAGGCAGCACAGCCCUGCUGACAGCUCCAUUCCAGACCCCUCUCUGGAAGCGGGAGACAGCACAUUUCUGUUGUUUUAAGCCACCCAGUGUGUGGGAUUUUGCUAGGGCAGCUCUAGGAAACAAUUAGGGGCUGUGUUCACAUUUUCCAGUCAAUGAAAACAUCUAAAAAAGCCCGGGGAUUUCAUUCCUGUGCCUGUUUUCAGAUUUUAAAAUUGUAAGUACAUAUUGAAGUGAAGUCUGGUUUCAGUGGAUGAGUGACUCUGUCGGCGAGUGAUUACUGUUUCUGUUUUCUUCAUGUAACUAGUUUAUAUGCUCUUUGCAUUUAAAACACUAAUAUUUGGAGAAAUCGAAACUAACGGGGAAGGGGAGGGACCACUGAGAAGCAUCCCAGCAACCGACCACGACCAGUCUUCCCUGGACACCAGGAACCACACCGUCCAAACCUUCUUCACUCCUGCCAGCACCGACUGUCCCCCGAACUAUGAGAUGCUGAAGGAGGAACAUGAGGUGGCUGCGCUGGGGGCGCCCCACAACCCUGCCCCCCUGACAUCCACUGUGAUCCACAUCCGAAGCGAGACCUCCGUGCCCAACCACGUGGUCUGGUCCCUGUUCAACACCCUCUUCAUGAACUCCUGCUGCCUGGGCUUCAUAGCAUUCGCCUACUCCGUGAAGUCUAGGGACAGGAAGAUGGUUGGUGACCUGACCGGGGCCCAGGCCUACGCCUCCACCGCCAAGUGCCUGAACAUCUGGGCCCUGAUUUUGGGUCUCAUCAUGACCAUUCUGCUGAUCAUCAUCCCAAUACUGAUUCUGCAAGCCUAUCAGUAGAUCCAGAGGAAUCAUCUUGGCCAGGGGCUCUGCCUGUGACCUGUCUCCCAUGUACUGCAGCUUCCAUUCCUUGCCCUGCCCCAGCCGAUCCUGUAUCAGCCUUUUAUCCUCACACGUCUAUAGUCGUGUUCAAUAAAGUGCACGUGUUCCUGGAAAAAAAAACACACUAAUAUUUAAAAACUACAUUCUGAAAGUGUGCGCCCCUAGGGACGUUUGACUAAAUAGCUUUCAGGGAAGUGAGGGUGUUCGGGCUGGGAAAAACUGUCAGGAUCAGCCAAUAUGAGGGCAUCUUGUUGCCAGUCCCCUCAAGAUGCCCAUGCCAGACUUGACCCAUCAGUUCUGAGAGUUUUCUGUCUGCAUCAAGAGGUGACCUCAGAAGUCAGUUAAUGGGAUGAAUCCUGGCUGGGUGUGAUGAAUCCUAGCACUUUGGGAGGCUAAGGCAGGUGGAUCACCUGCAGUUAGGAGUUUGAGACCAGCCUGACCAACAUGGUGAAACCCUGUCUCUAGUAAAAAUACAAAAUUAUCUGGGCAUGGUGGCACAUGCUUGUAAUCCCAGCUACUCAGGAGGCUGAAGCAGGAGAAUUGCUUGAACCUGGGAGACAGAGGUUACAGUGAGCCAAGAUAGCGCCAUUGCACACUCCAGCUUGGGUGACAAGACCAAAACUCUGUCUAAAAAAAAAAAAAGAUGAAUCCUUUUUGCCAUCCCAGGUCUUGAUUAUUCAUCAAGUUUCAGAUGUGCCAACUCUUUUUGCUGAAUAAUGACCUGAAAGUUAGAAGUGUAAGACUGAUAGGGAAUAGACAUUUUAGUAGGCAGUAUAGCUUGAAAGUGCAACACUGAGCAGAGUCUGAUUCUAGCUUUGGCAGGAUGUCACAGGGCUAAAUCUUGGCUCAGCCAUUGACAGAUGUCAAGUUCUCAACCAUUCUGAACGUGUUUCCUCAUUUAUAAAGUGGGACUUGUAAUCGCUACUUCAUUAGGUUGUUGUGAAGAGUACAUGAUGUGAUAUGUGUAAGGAGGUUAACACAAUGCCCGGAAAGUCAUGAGCACUCAUAGUAAAGUGAGUAUUAUUACUGUUAGAAGCACCGACAGUAGUUCCUGGAAAAAGCAGCUUCUGCCAUGAAGGCCAUAUGGCCCAAGCGAAACCAGGCUGGGUCUGAGUCACACUCCACUUUCUCUAGGCUUCGUCACCUUUUCCACACAAAGAGAGCGUGGACCAAUCCCAGGACAGACACUGGUUGCUCUUGGCUCUGUUUUGGACUCCCCUCAUUCAAAGAGGGAUUUUCCAUUCAUAAAACUUGGAUAAUCCCAUUUCCUUUUAUUUGGUGUUUCAUGAUAAAUGCACAAUUAUGAAACUGUUGAUACUGCUGUUAGAUGUGGUAGUGGUGGAGUGGUGGUGGUGGGAAACCCGGGAUCCUGGAAUGUUCAUCAAAGCCCAGGGAUAGCCAGAAGACUAGAAGCAAAUAUUUCCUCUAUAGGAUCUGAACCAGAAGUGCAGAGGCCUCUACAUCUGAAGGGAAAGAAUUCUGAACAUGCCCUCUAGAAAAUGCAGGCUAUGACUGUGAGAGAGAGAAACAUAUCACAUAUGGUAGUUAAGUGCAGCCCGACAUUCGAAGAUAUACGUGUUCCUGACAUAUAAGACAUAUGGACAUAAAACAUGUUUUUAUGCAUAUGUUGCAUUAAUGCAAUAAAGCAAAUGCUCUUUUUAGUGACACAUCCCUGACUCACAGUCUCAUAGGGGUCACUUAAUGAUACUGAAUACACUUAAUGGCCACAUGUAGUUUGUUGCCCUGUUUGUAAAUAAAAACCUCUACUCAAAACUUAUAUUUCUAAAAUACCAUCUCUCUUCCUCCAAAGUUGUCUAACCUGCUGUCUUCAAAAUCUUUUCAGUGUACAGAUUUUUUUAGACACCUAACAUGCCACAAAAUAAAAAGAAACAGUGAUUAACUUCUUGGAUGUUCACCUGUGAUGGGCUCAGGUCAUAGAAAAGUCAUCCCCAAGCCCCACAUAGCAUCAACAAGAAGGCAUAAAGUUUUAGGCAACUUAAUGGAACCAGAGGCCAUCUUGGGAAAUGAGGGCAAGAUCGUUGAGAAGAGGAACAUUUAACGGGAACGAACUAACUUUUCUACCUUUGCUUUCCAAGGGAAAUAUAUUACCCAGCUUCAUAAAAAAGAUCUUUCUCACUGGCACACAUAAUUAUGGAGCCACAGGUCUCUCCCCAGAAACCUAGACUAUGGUGGAAAAAAAUGACGUGAACUUCCAGAAAAGUCACUCUUAUCCCCUACGUGUCACCCUUUUAUGUGAUUUCAUAGUCUUUGGAGAAAGACUUAGCUUUAACUUAUUUUUUCAUCUUAAUCUGCCAUUUAAGAUAAGAUGACUAUUUUUUUCUAGAGAUAGAGUCCCACUCUGUCACCCAGGCUGGAGUGCAGUGGCGCAAUCUCGGCUCACUGCAACCUCCGAUUCCCAGGUUCAAGCAAUUCUCUUGUCUCAGUCUCCUGAGCAGCUGGGGUUACAGGUGCCUGCCACCCACACUGGGCUAAUUUUUUUUUUUUUUUUAAUUUUUAGUAGAGAUGGAGUUUUGCCAUGUUGGCCAGGCUGUUCUCGAACUCCUGACCUCAGGUGAUCUGCUCACCUCGGCCUCCCAAAGUGCUGGGAUUAUAGGUGUGAGCCACCGCGCCCGGCAACACGACUACUUCUUUCUGUUCACAAAUAAUAUGGCUAAGUGCUGAUAAGAGGGCUACUAGUAUAACCUAGAAGGCUCCGGCUCCACCUUCAGACAGCAGAGGGAAGGGAGUUGUGUUUCUUGACUGCGCUGUGUGUGGGACCCGUGAAGAGGUGCCUCCCUUGAGCCGGCUUAAGAGAAGCACAGAGUAGGGAAGGGCACAACUGGCCCAGAAAACCCUGGCAACUUAGUCAAUGUCUUUGAGCUUUUGUUUCCUCCUCUGUAAAAUGGAGAUCACAAAGCCUCCAUUAUGCACUAUAUUGUAUAACAGUCCCUUGGAAGGGAUGUGUUAGGAUCCAGGAGAUAGUGCGUAUCCAGUGCUUAGCACAUGCCUGGCACAGAGCAGGCGUACAGUAAGCCAUCUCUGUUGAUACUGUAGUUUUGAGGGUUUGGUUGCUGUUUUAAUGAACUCAGAACACAACAGAACAUCACAUCAUCAUUAGUUCUUUUAAAACAAGCUUCCUGCAGCAGACAGAGUACUUGGUUUGGGACUGUUCAGAUCUUUUAAUACUUUUAAUAUGUGCUUGUGCCUUUUGGAAAACGUAAAAUGCUUGUCUCCAAUGGCAAAUUAUGUAAUUGGAGCCCUACUGCACUCUAAUUUCCUGGACUCUGAACUUCCAUUGGAUAUAAAAUACCUUCUACUCUAAAACCAGUAUCUAAGGUAUUAACUUGUGUUUAUUCAUUUAUUCAUUCAUUCAUCAUUUUUUUCAAAAAAGAUAUUUGUUGAGAGCUGAAUAACAUGUCUGAGAUUCAGGGCCAAAAGUGUCUGAGGGAAGUCCGUCUGCAAUGCAAGGGGGAAGAAGCUAAGCCCUUGUGCUUCUGGUCUGCGUGAGCUUGACAAGGGGGUGGCCCUGCAUCUCCUGACUCUGACAGCAGGGAAGGCCCACAGUAGGGGAGAGAGGUUCGGGGAGGUGGGCACUCGGGCAUAGGAGUACAACUGGCUGAUAGCAUUAGAGGCUGCUCCAUUUUACAUUAUAGACAGUAACUCAGAGCACACCCAGCAUGCUCACCCUCAGGUUCACUUUGAUGGUGGUUGUUUCAUUUACAACCAUGUAUGUAACAGGUUGGCUCUUGGUUCUAAGUCAUCUAUCCUGAUGAUUCUCUCAUACCUUGAGCAUGUUUUCUGUUUGGGGAUUGCUCAUCUCCAGCUCAGCAGCUUUUUGUGCUCCAUGGUGUUUAGACGAAAUCUUCAGACCUCCCAUCCAGGGAAGACCAAACUGCAUUUUCUAGUUUCCUUCUUAGGUUGUCUAUCUUUUUUUUCAUGGAGGAUAAUUUGAGGUCUU